UGCUGAAUUGGAAAGAAAAAGAUGCGAGAGAAAAAAGCCAAAGAGAAGAAGAAGAAGAAGAAGAAGAUUCUGGGAAGAGAUAAGUGGAACACUUCACGUCGUCUGCAAGUCUUCUCCUUUCACGAGACUGAGAAGCUUUUCUGAUGGAUUCUCGGCAUUUUCUUGCAUUUUCCGUCUGUUCUCUCCUUCUUUUCCCGCAUCUUUCCUCCGCUUCCUUCCAAACCACUCGCUUGCUCUCUGAGAAGAAUCAAGGUGUGUCGGCGAUUAAGCAGCAAACCAUUGUUGGUUCUUCCCUUGUUUUUGAUCCAACUCAUGUCACUCAGCUCUCUUGGAGGCCUAGAGCCUUUUUAUACAAGGGGUUUCUGUCUGAUGAGGAAUGUGAUCAUCUCAUUACCUUGGCCAAAGAUAAGCUUGAGAAGUCAAUGGUGGUGGAUGAUUCAGGUGAGGACAUGGAAAGUGAAAUACGCACAAGUUCUGGAAUGUUUCUAAGCAGAAGACAGGAUGAAGUAGUAGCUAACAUCGAAGGUAGACUUUCGGCUUGGACCUUUCUUCCUGAAGAGAACGGGGAAUCCAUUCAAGUUCUGCGUUAUGAGUAUGGUCAGAAGUAUGAAACGCAUCAUGAUUUCUUUAUUGACAAAGCCAAUCUAAAGUUUGGUCAUAGGGUUGCCACGGUUUUGAUGUACUUGUCCAAUGUCGAGAUGGGUGGGGAAACGGUCUUUCCUUUGUCAGAGGCCAAAACUUCCCAGCCGAAGGAUGAUAGCUGGUCAGAAUGUGCUAAAAAAGGUUAUGCAGUGAAACCCUGGAAAGGCGAUGCCUUGCUGUUCUUCAAUCUUCACCCUAAUGGAACUUCGGAUGCCAGCAGUUUGCAUGGAAGCUGCCCAGUAAUUGAGGGUGAGAAAUGGUCUGCGACCAAGUGGAUCCACGUCCAGCCAUUCGGCCGGCUGAAGCAAAUAUCCGAGUGCGCUGAUGAGGAUGAAAACUGUUCAAGUUGGGCGAAAUCCGGGGAAUGUGAUAAGAACCCUGAUUUCAUGGUGGGAACGGACGGGGACCCUGGAUUUUGCAGAAAGAGCUGCAAUGUUUGUUCAUCUUAGGAAAAACAAAAGAAGAAACAGCUUGAGUAAGUAAAGGACUGAAAUUUUAUUAGUAUAGUGAAGAAGAGAUCUUGACUAAUAGAUCAAAAUCUUGAACCCCAUUCUCUCAAACAGUUUACAGACAGUAUACUGGUCUUUGUUAUCAGAAGAACUUCCCAUGCUAUGAUUCUCAUGUACUGUUAGUUUUGGUGUUCUUUUUCUCGAGUUCGGUUUUGCUCCAAUCCAAAUGCUUGGUUAUACAGGA